AUGGAUCUAAAGGAAGAGAUAAGACACCUUCUUCAGAAGGGUUACUCAGCCAUCAAUGAUCUAAACAAAACAGCUGACAUGACUCCAAAACAAUCGUUGCUGCAGAGAAAUGGGCUGAAUGCCCAAAGACAAUCACAAGAAAUUAUAAAAGAACUUCAUCAGCUUGUUAUAGUAUUUGAUGCUCACUUGCAGGAUGUUCUUCAGAAAACUAUUGAUGAAAAAGUGGAAACAUUAAAAAGUCAUUCUGAUGAAAUAAUUCAGUGUGUGGAGUACAUGUCAAAUCUUUGCUUGACAGCUGAGAAUUUGAUUAAAGAUAGCAACUUGCAAGCUGUUAAUUUAAUUGGCCCCAAAGUGAAAGCAGAGUUUUUGAAAAAUUUGGAAGAAUGCAGAGAGUUGAAUAUGGUGGACUAUGAAACAUUUACUUCAAUAGACGUAGAAGUGAAUUUAGGUAGAAUCUUCCAGUUGCCUUUAGUCAACAUUGUAAGCUGGAACCACCAAUGCUUAGAGAAGCGAAUUGUCAAUUCUGUAGGGUUUGGGAACAUAGAGAAAAAUAUUCUUCCCCCAAAUCUGUCAAAACUUAUUGCUAACUUCAGUCAGGGUGUUGAUUCAGAAAUGGAAUUAUCAGACCAGUCCAGCAUGAAAAGACAGAAGGAAUAUAUAAAAACUAAUGAGUUGAUUCACCAAAAAGUUAAUUCUGUAAACGACCAGACUGCUAACUCACAAAGCCAGUGUGACGAAGUCCAGUACUCAGGAAAGCAUGACGUGCAAAUAAGAAAUACAGCAGACAAGGCAUACCCAGAUAAACCAAAGACAAGACUGUUACACCAACAAUUACCUUAUGGUAAAAAUCUGUUUCAGCCAGAUAGAUCAUCAGGGCAUGUUCAGAAUUCCACCUGCAAUGAACCCAGACAUGUGGCAGAGAUUUCAGUUCCUGUUGUUAGUAGUACCAGUAACAAUAUGGAGAUGAAAAGAGAAAGUGCAUCAGUCCUUAAGUCCAUAAAAGUAGAAACGCCAGAUGAUGAUAGCUUUAACAAAAUUGAGUCUGUAUUAAAGCUUAGGGGUAAUCCUUCUGCGGCUGAACAGAAGAAGGAAUGCUUUAGCAAAGAGGUUCUCACAUCCACAAAGAUUAAGACAGAAAGUUUACCACCAGAAGAACACAAUUCAUCCAAGGACAAGUUAAAACCUGCAAAUUCUCCUGAUACAAUCACACAGCCACCUUGUUUUCAUAAUAAAACGGCUGCUGCCAUGAACAUACGGAGUGAAGCAGAAGAAAACUCAUCUGGCAACUUGAGAUCCUGGAGCUCAUUCAGAACUGAGCCACUAAAAAUGACAUUUGACCUCAGAAGAGUGAUGCCUUCAGGAAACCCAAAUAUCUUUGCACGCCGUGUACAGACCAUAGAUGGCAGCAGCUUUACAUCAUUUAACCACCCUAUUGGAGUCACUGUCACUGUGGAUGGCCAUGUGGUGGUUGCUGACACUGGUAAUCAUGUGGUGAAGAUUUUGAACAGAAAUACCUUGCUGCACACCAUUGGACAAAAUGAUGGUGUGCUUUUUGUGAGACCUUCUGCUGUUGUCACAGAUACGCAGGGAAAUAUUUAUGUCAAGGAUGAUAGAAGCAUCCAGAUAUUUGAUCGCACAGGAAAGCUAUUGGAAACUGUUGGAAAAUCACGUUUCAGCCACCCUUUUGGUCUGGCUUUAGCGAAACAUCAGAAUCAGCCCAUCUUGGUGACAUUGGAUUCAGGAAGAGGAAAGACUGUUGUGUUCAACUAUUUCAUCAGAGAAAAAAGACUAGAGUCAUACACCUACGGGCCUACAGAAGAAUUCAGUUCUCCAUUCAGCAAAUUAAGAUUUCUUGCAGUGCAUGAGAAUGUGAUGCUUGUCAGUGAUUUGGGUGCCAGCUGCAUGCAUUUAUCAUUUCUUAAUGGACAAACAUUGAGGUCUUUUGGUCAGUAUGGAGAUCGUAUGGGAGACUUAAAAGAACCCUCAGGGAUUACUGUGGAUGCAGUGGGGAACUGGAUUGUAGGGGACAGUAAGAACAACCGGCUACAGGUAUUUACCAAUGAUGGCAACAUAUUGACUGUGAUUACACUGUCGUCUCCAAUACGUCGUCCAUCUGGCAUUCACCUGACCUCAGAUGGUCUUCUUUAUGUCAUUAAUUAUCUGGACAAUUGUAUCGAUGUUUUUGACCUAUGUCACUAA